UUCAAAUUAUGGUUAUAACUUCAAUUUUUUUAUAUUUAUGAAUUCGUCUUUGCGACUAGCUGAUCAGAGGCAAAGGCAAACUGGUACUCGCUGGUAAUAAAGCCUUUUAAACUCUCGUUGUCGUCUUAUAUGUGAAUUAUGGGAAGGAAUAUACAUUAAAGAAGUAAUGAGACAGUACUCCAUCUUUUCCCCUGUUACAACCCAAAACCUUUUUUUCUUGUUCAGUUGCGCAGGGUGGACUGCAUAAUCUUUGAGGAGAAGGAUUGCGUUUGUUUGCCCACUUUGUGCUGAGCAUUUUUUUCUCUUCAUCAAUUUCAAUUUUCAACUAUCCUUAAGCCAAUAAUUACCUUGUCUAAAACCUUGUGGAUCGAUUUUUUCCAGAAUGUGGAGGAUAUCUUUCAUUCUUAUCCUUGCUUAUUUGGGCAUGAGUCCAUCAAUUGUGUCCUCUGCCACUGACGAAUACUUUACUGCAGCAGUAUACGAAUUUGUCCAGUUAUAUGAUUUCUGUCCUGAAAAUCGACAAGAAGCUGAUGCCAUUGUACAAAAGAAUCUGGAAGCCUUUAUAAGAGCUGCCAAUAUUGCAAGUGAAAAAGAUGCUGAUUUGAUUGCCUUCCCAGAAUAUGGAAUCUUUCCGGAAUGCGACCGAGAAACAACAAAAAUGUUUCUUGAAGUCGUACCUGAUCCGCAUAAAGAACGAAUUAUUCCAUGCGACAAUCCUGUAUACGAUAAUAUGCCACAGAUGCGCACUCUCAGUUGCAUAGCAAAAAAUCAUUCAAUGUAUGUCCAAGCCAAUACAGGUGAUAUACAGCCAUGCGAUCACACUAAUGGGACUCAAUGUCCAGCAGAUGGUCAUUUACAGAUGAACACUAAUGUAAUUUUUGAUAGAGAAGGUGCUGUGAUUGGACGUUACCACAAGGAACAUUUGUGGGGUGAGGAAGGCAUGGAUGUGGCGGUUAAAAGACAAAAUCCCAUUUUCAAAACUGACUUUGGGACUUUCGCUACUUUUGUAUGCUUUGACGUUGUAUUAGCGAGAAUCAUCGAAGUCAUAGAAGAACCUGAAGUGGAUGGUGUAGUCUUUUCCACCAUGUGGGAAAACUCCGCUCCCUUAUUCCAAUCCGUGCAAUACUUUCAAUCAUGGGCAAUGGGGAACAACAAAUCUCUCAUUGCAGCUGACAUCAAUCUGGCUGGACAGCUCGCGGUAGGAAGUGGUAUAUUCCAUGGCGAAGAAGGAGCUCUAGCUUAUACUUUUGAUCCGGAUGGAAUUUCUAAAUUAGUCGUAGCUAGAGUGCCAAAGAGAGGUAAAAAACUAACACAUCCUAAAGCAAGUAUAACAGCUAUCACUGAGAAUGGAACUUAUGCUUGGACAGAUGACGGAGAAGAAGUACCUUACAUGACAACUAAGAGCCUGCAAUUCCACUUGCCGGAUGACCUGCAUACAAAUCGUUAUCAUCAGUCUGACUUUGUAAACUACACUCUAGUUCAGCUAACCAAACAUAAAGACACUUUGACAGCUUGCAACAAUGGAUUGUGCUGUAUCCUUGAUUAUGAGAUUCACCAUCUUAAUGAGACGUUUUACUUUGCAGUCUACAAUGGUACACAAGGCUCUUUCCCGCCUCUCUAUUGGUGUGAAGAAGACUGUGCGUUAGUAAGAUGCGACCCAACAAAUGAUAAACCGUGCUCUGAUUUUCCUUUGUUGACAGAUAAUCUGUUCCAUCAUGUCGGCAUGUAUGCUAAUUUCUCAACGCCAUUCGUCUAUCCGUCUGUUGUCAGCAAUCGCAUGAGAUUAGUGCCUCGAAAAGAAUGGCAUUACAGUGUAGAGCCCAGCGAUGAUGGCUAUGAUUCUAAGUUACGUUAUCAUAGCAGAAAAGGAGAAAAUAUACUUGCUGUUGGUUUGAAAGGUCGUUGCUAUGAAAGAGAUCCUCCCCUGAGUUUCUUUUAGAAGUGAAUUUAAGUGCAGGGAUUAUAAAUUUAAGGAAAUUCUGCAAUUGUUAUUGAUUUUUAAACGCCUUUUUUCUACUUUUGAAUGAAUUUUAAACCUCAAAGUAAUGUCUUUCAAUGAUUGAUGAAGCUUUGAUCUCAUUAAAGCUUGUUUCCAGACACAUUCAUUAAAAACUUUAACAAACCAUUAAAUAAAUAAUAUGCGAUUUUUGAUAAAAUUUGGCGUAUCGAAAUGAAACUUGCUGCAUCAAAGAAAUAAAAUUGAUCUUGAAUAACUUUCAUAUAUAUAAACUCGGGUUCCUUCAUCUUUUCAGUGCAAACAACUUCAUAAAUUAAUGUAAUUAUUUUUCACUUUGUUUUUAUGCAUCUACAUACUUUCCUACAUUAUGAACAAAGUACUUUUUUAUUUGUUUGUUGUGUACAAUUAAUCAUAAAGAUCGCGAUAUCCUAUCGUUCUUUUCAAAAAAUAUAUGAAAAGAACAGCUUUUCUUAGAAAUGUACAGGAAACUUUUUAAUGACUUUGAAAAUCACAAGAAUGUGCAAUUUACAGCAAUGUAUAUCAGAAGAAUAUGUCAUAAAAUGUUGUUAUUGUUUUCUUACUGUAAAUAAUUUCAACUUAAUUUUUAGACUUUAGGAAUCUGUUAUUUAAAUAUAUAUUUUUUUUUAAUCGA